AUGGCCUCUGUUUUUGGAUUUAUCAAGCGUGCCUUCAAUCCGCCUGAGGUGCCCAAAGCUGAGAACCCGAUUCGUUUCGGUAUUCUCGGCGCAGCCAACAUCGCCCCUGAAGCCCUCAUCAAGCCUGCGAAGAGCCAUCCUGAGGUCGUCAUCGUUGCCGUUGCGGCACGCGACAAGACUAAGGCAGAGAAAUAUGCCAAGAAGUGGGGGAUAAAGAAGGCAUAUAGCGGUUCGACAGGUUAUGACGAGCUACUGAAUGACCCAGACAUUGACGCUAUAUAUAACCCUCUUCCGAACGGGCUACACUACGAAUGGACCAUGAAAGCCUUGUCGAAAGGCAAGCACGUUCUCCUCGAGAAGCCCAGUGCGGAUACCGCGGACGAGACCCGGAAGAUGUUCGAAUUUGCAGAGCAGAAAGGUCUGGUUCUUCUGGAGGCGUUCCAUUACAGGUUCCACCCUGCCACUCACCGUGCCAGGGCGAUUCUCCAGAGCGGUGAACUGGGUGCUGUCAAAAGCUUCACUGCGCACAUGACGCUUCCAGAAAUUGGAUUCAUCCCUAAGGACGACAUCCGUUAUGACUACGCUCUCGGAGGCGGCUGCAUGAUGGACAUGGGAGGCUACCCCCUGAGCAUCAUCCGUUUCCUCACAGGGAGCAAUCCCGUCUCCGUCCUCAGUGCCGACGCGGAACUCGCACCCACGGCAGUGAACGAUAUAGUCGACAAGGGCAUAACCGCGACGUUCGCCUUCCCGAACGACGUCACCGCUACCGUACGGUGUCACUUCGGCCUGCCGCUCAAGCUAGGCUUCAUACCGCUAACCCUGAGCAACUUCGUCUUCCCCACGGUCUGGCACUCCAUCACGGUGAGAAAGCGCCAAGGCAGCAGCCGCCUAACGCGCACGGAGAAGGCGUACACGUUCGAGGAUGGCAAGGGCGAACCGUGGUGGAUGACUUAUCGGUACCAGCUCGAAGCGUUUGUAGAUAGGCUGAAGGGUCGCACGCCGCACUAUUGGAUAACUGCAGAAGAUUCGAUCACCAACCUGGAGUGGAUACAACGCGUCUACGAAAAGAGUGGCGUAGGAAGCCGCCCGGCGUCCAAGUUCGUGCUCUGAUUCGACUGGUUUUCUCCUGCGUAAACGCCUUGGCUGAGGGUUUGACCAAUGC